ACAGACGCCUUUCGUUUCUCCGGAAGUGCGUGGCUCAAAGGAAAUAUGGCGCACAGCACGUUGCAUAUAUCACAGACUGUUGUGUCAACAUAUUCGUUGAGUGCGUUGUUUUUAUCUCUUUUCGUUUCUUUUACAACACCGGGAACAGUAAAGAGCGACAAUGUUUUUAGUGCAAGUCACACGGCCACGACGCCCAUCGCUGCCGCGAGGGAUCUGCGGUAUCUUUUGUAUGAUGUAAACCCUCCAGAGGGUUUUAAUCUGCGGAGAGAUGUUUAUAUCCGCAUGGCUUCCCUGGUCAAGACUUUGAGGAAAGCAGGAGAUGAUUGGGUAUUAGUGCUUCCCCCAUGGGGUCGUCUCUAUCACUGGCAAAGCCCCAACAUCCACCAGAUCCGCAUCCCAUGGGGAGAGUUCUUCAGCAUCACUAGCCUGCAGGCCAAUGUUCCUGUCAUUGAGUAUGAGGAAUUCAUUGCUGAAAAUGGAGGCCCAUUUAUAGACCAGGUUCUGGUGUUGCAGAACUAUGCUGAGGGAUGGACUGAUGGGAAAUGGGAGGAAAAAGUUGAUGAGCGGCCAUGCAUUGAAAAGCUGAUGUACUCCAAAGAUAAACAGGGAUAUUACAGAGGCUGGUUUUGGGGCUAUGAGGAGACGAGAGCUCGAAAUGUAACAUGCAUAUCAGCACAAGGUCAUGCCUCAAUCAUGGCCCCGGUUCUUCAGAGAAACAUAACUGCAACAUCAGUUGUGCUUGAUCGAGCAGAGACACUUCUUCAUGAUGACUAUGCUGGGAAGCAUUACUGGGAUACCCGCCGCAGCAUGGUUUUUUCUAAGCACCUGCGCCUCAUAGGAGAUGACUUCAGAGCAAGAUACUUGAACUCUACAGAUGACAGAGACCAGACAAUAUACAGCGAGGACUGGACACGCAUGAAGGCUAAGUCUGGUUCUGCCAGAGGCGGGCCAUAUUUAGGAGUCCAUCUACGCAGAAAAGACUUUAUCUGGGGUCACAGAGAGGAUGUACCCAGCCUGAAGGGAGCAGUCAAAAAAAUACGCAGCUUGAUGAAGAAGCACAGACUUGACAAUGUGUUUGUUGCAACAGAUGCAGAUGGUGAAGAACUGAAGGAGCUGGAAAGAUUGUUGCCAGAUAUGGUACGGUUUGAGACAUCUAUAGAAGACCUGGAGCUGCUUAAAGAUGGAGGAGUGGCCAUCAUUGACCAGUGGAUAUGUGCCCAUGCAAGAUUUUUCAUAGGAACAUCAGUGUCCACUUUCUCCUUCCGGAUCCAUGAAGAGAGAGAAAUCCUGGGUUUUGACCCCAAAACUACAUACAACCGCUUCUGUGGGGACAUGGAAAAAGAAUGCGAACAGCCCACGCACUGGAAAAUAGUUUACUAACGUAAUAUCAGACUUUACUGACACACAAGUGCCAAAAUCAGUGUUAAUGGUGACAUUUUUCUUUCUUUUUUUUAUAUGGAAUAUACAAGAUAUUCCAGCUGAUUUGUUUGUGAUUUAUGUUUUCCUUUUCAUGGUUUCAGAGUAGUGCAAUCAAAUGGCCACUGUGACUGAAUUUUAUCCUCAAAAGGCUGAGACUGAGCUGCCGAACAUGUAUUACUACAGUGUUAAAGAAUUAAAUGUACAUUUAUUUUUAGGUUGAUGUUGAGUGUGGAUCAUUCUUAGAGCCUUGUGUUUAAAAAAAAUACCCUGGGAUGGUUGUUUCUAGCUCAACUAGCUCAGUGGGUGACAAAUAUGUCUAGUGAUGAUUGCUAGUUCAUGAUAUUUAAGUUAUUUUGUUUUCUCCAAAAUCAGAAGCAUUCAGGUGUCCUGAAGAAGAUGCAUGUGUGUGAUAUCUUUGUACAAUAAAUGUGUGACGUGUUUGAGAACCAACAGUUAACCACGUUGAGGACAUGUGCCUCCUUUGGUCAAGGGUUUAAACUCUCUUAUUACUUUCUUUUACUUGCAUUUUGCCCUCGUGAUAUCAGGUUGGAAAACCAGUAUGUCCAGUUUGAUGAGAUGUCUGGUUUUGAUGUUCAACAAUGCAAUUAUCACCUUGACUCAUGUUUGGUUCGACUUUUAAGGUUUUUUUUUUUUCACUGAUUUUAAAAUACUUCUGUCUGGUAAUGGAAAUGAUUUGUAAAUUAUAGCUGCCUGA